AUGCUGCGGCGCGUUCCUCGCGCUCGGUUGCUGUCGUCUGCGUGCGCGCGCAAGUCGUACAGCCGCUGGGACUUCCUGCCUCGAGUGGAGGUGGCGCCACCACGCGAAGCUCGAGCCCCGCCGCCGCCUCUUCCGUCGCCAAAGUAUCUGGACAUCCGCGGUCGAUGCACACUCGAGUACGUCGACGUCCCGCCGCUGGAGGAAGCUCUGAGGGGCCAUGAGGCUUCCGUGACGAUCGUGCUGGUGCAUGGCGCACCGGGCAGCUACAACGACUUCCGCCACUUAAUUCCUGUGCUGGAGCACCACCACCCGCACUUGAGGAUCAUUGGCAUCAACUUACCAGGCUACGCAGGCUCGAAGGUGGCGAAGGAACACUAUCUAGAGGACAUUAGCGCGCUGCCGACUGCCAGUUUGGCUCUAGAAGCAGUGAAGCAGCUCUACGCGGGACAAGAAGGAAGCGACAAUGUGUUCUUGGUUGGCCACUCCUUUGGAGCCCACACUGUGAUCAACAUGGCCGCGUUGCAUGCGACUGAGAGCAAGGACGUCAAGGUUCGAGGGAUGGCGUUGCUGGCCCCUGCUGGUUGUCGGCCUCACAAGGUGUUGAGGCCCAGAGAGAGCGCAAUGGUGGUCAAGUUGAUGCGGACGGGGAACCCCGUGGUUAAUGCGUUCAUCCCGCCCUUCAUCAAGUUGGUUUACACCAGGCUACUGGGCUUCCCCAGUGACGCACCGUCCGGUCACUACAUCGCCGGUCUUGUACGUGCAGGAACUACCGACUUUGGAGUGAUCCGAGAGCACGUGGAGAUGCUGCGCAGGCAGAAGCUGCCGUCGCUUGUUGCGUGGUCACAGAACGAUGAGUUCAUGGAGGAAGAGAUCCCUCUUGAGCUCGCGCGGCUUUGCCAUCCCGGCCCGCGUCUUGCAUUUGCUGGUGGAGGCCACAACGUGCAGAAGACGCGAGCAGAGCAAGUUGCGGGGGCCUUGGCCAAGUGGAUCGAGGACGUCUUAGGCGAAGACGGCGCAGGGGAUCAGCAAUUAACUCAAAGUUUACCGUAG